AUGAAAUUUAAAUCUCGAAAAAGCUUUAUUGCCUACUCAACCACAAUCUACGACCCAUCGGAUCAACACAGAAUACGAAAAUGGAGAGAAGAGCUACAAUGUGAAAAACCUGUCCUGCUUGCUGAGCAUUUACCAUGUGGAGGUAACCAACCAUGGAUUACAUGGAAGACAAUAAAUGUUAAGAGCAGGAGUGGCCAAAACAAAAGCGAAAAUUAUGAAAUGGGGACACCAGAAAGAACCGGAUAUACUAUGCAAAUAUGGCGAAGACCAAUCAGAUGA